UGAUGUUCAAUGGAUAUCAAUAUGAUAAGUAACUCACAUUCACAAAAGAGAUUGACAAAAUAAAGAAGGAGUAUAUUACAGAACGAUAACGCAGAAAAGGUAUGAGCAAUAACAUAACAUAUAGAUAUGAAUUAAAGAUUGUCUAAGAAUUAUAAAAAGAGAGUUGAGAACUUCGUGAUUAAUAUGUUGGAGAACCCUGUGGUUUGCAAUGAAUAUAAACCCCCUGAAAGUUAUAAGUUUAGAGAUGAGGAUCCAACAAAGAAUUUGGGAGAUCCCUAGAUUUAUGUUAAAGGUUUCAAACAUGAGAAGGAGAGAAUAUUGGAAGCAUAAGAAAAAAACAAGGAUUUGGAUUUCCUACCAAAUUUGAAGGUAGGAAAACACUCGUUUAGAGAAAGAGAUCCAUCUAAAGAUAUUAAAAGAGACAUCUUCAGAUACAGAGAUAAAACUGCUCUGGCAAGAAUCGAAUAAUACUUAAAAGAUCAUACACAAUCGUAAGUAGAGAACAUGAAAAUUGAUCAUAAAAAAAUAAUAAGUUUAGAAAACUUCUCAGAAGGAAUGUCAGCCUUAGAAAGAAGAGCUUAUUUAUCAAGGUUGAUUGCCAAGAAUCUGUUGCCUUCAUUACACAAUAAAACGCAUUUCUAAGCAGCUUAAACGAUGUUCAAUAAUUUACCAUGUAUGCUGCAUAUAAAUUAUCAAAGUAACAUUGAUGGAACAUGCAAGAUCUCAACCCUUAUUGCAUACUCAAGAGGAAAGCAGAAAAAAACCAUUGCCAUCUUCUGAGAAACAGAGAUUGAUGUCCCAAGAGGCACCAACAAGAAUGGAAGAUGUUGGAAGUGAAAAAGAUAAAAAGUAAGGCAAUGAGAUGGAAACAUUCAAUCCUGUAGAGACAUCUAAAAUGAUAUUGAAAAAGUGCAAUGUCGUUAAAGAUAAGAAUCCUAAAGUACUUUUUAUUAUGAAAUUAUAGGUUCCCAUAUUGCAUCAAGGUUCUGGUCAUUUGAUAUCGACCAUGGAUAAAUCAAUAUAGGAUGUUUAUAGAGAGUUGUAUCAUGUAGAUUUUAAGAGGUAUGAUUGAGACAAUGGAUU